AUGGAAGAAGGAUUUGUAUUGUUACCAACGGAAGUGGAUAAAAUUUUAGAUCCAUUUGUUGAUGCGGGUAACUUGCUUAUCAUUGAUAAGGAUCCCUUGAUAGAUGAGGGUUCAACAAACAAGCUAAAUGAGGAAGAGCUCUCAGCAAGAAUACGAGAUAAUACGCAAUUCUUGUUCAAUAAAAUAUGGGAAUUGGAGAGGAAACGGAUUGAUGAAGCUAUCUGUGCAAAAUUGCCAGCGCCAUUAUUUCGACUUCCUCGAGAGAAACCUUUACCAUCUGAACGUCAGCUAACUAAAUGGGAACAGUAUGCACAGCAGAAAGGAAUACGGAAGAAAAAGCAAGAUCGAAAAUUUUUUGAUGAACAAACUCAGGAAUGGAAAGCAAGAUAUGGAUAUAAAAGUGUCAAAAAUAAUAAUGCUAAAGAUUGGCUAAUCGAAAUACCAGACAACAAAGAUCCUAUGAUUGAUUAUUUCGAUGAACGACAAAAAGCAAAGAGAGAAAGAGUGGACAAAAAUGAAAUGCAACGUUUACGCAACAUCGCUCGCUUGAACGGAAUUUCAUCGUCAAAUGCAACUCCUCUUGGUAUUGCCGUUGAUUUAAAGAAUCGGAGUAGACAUGAAUUAGUAAACCAGAUAAAUCGAGCGCGGUAUUCUACCGCAUCUCAUGGUGCAUUUCAACCGGCAAUUAAAAAUGAGAAGAAAUUGUUGAAGACGGGUAAACAUCACAAGUAUGAACCGAAUGAGGUAGAUGUUUCUGGUGAACGAAAAAAACAAUUGCAAAUCCUGGACAGGUUGUCUUCCAAAAAAAUCGUCUUAAACGAAACGCGUUUGGCAGCAAGUCAGCAGGGCAAUCAACAACCAAAUGUGGAGAAAAAUCAAAGCAAGCAACUGAGACGGUCAAAAUCUACUAUUCAUCGACAGCAGCAUUUCCAAAACAAGAUGAAAAAGGUGAAAAAAACACGCGGGAAGAGCCUGAAAGUGGGGAAGCAAAGGAAAGGUCGAGCUAGAAGAGAUUCUCGAUCUUAA